ACCAACUGCAUCUAAGAUCUACGAUGAAUUAUUAAGAUGGUAUAAUAUAAUAUAUUGGAAGUUUGCAAUGUAUGAAAAUGAAUCAACAAUAUUAAAAGCAUUUCAGUAUGCAGAUAUAAUUAUUCCAACAUUAUCAACAGAGCUGCCAAACUGUUCUAAAGAUAAACUAACAA